AUGCCACCCAAGAUUAAACCAAAACAAAUCAGAUAAAUGAUUCAAAGUACAACCAUUCUGCCACCAGGAACUGACAAAGGGUCAGAUAAAUCAUUUGGAGAAUUUUGUAUUAAAAUGAGUAAGGUCUAAUGGAUUCAAGAUUCAAACCCUCAUUCUGGCAAUUUAGUCUAUCGUAUCUCUUUUUGGGGAUAGGAAGGAGAUGGACUAUUAGUAUAAGCAGUAAACUAAAAUUUGCAAUACUCAAGUGAAUUGAAGUAUGACAUUCGAGUUCCGAUUAUUUAAUUUCAUAAAUAUUUGAAUGAGGCUGAAAAAGUUAUGAUUUAUCUUGUGGAUUCAGAGGAUAAGUUUUAAAUUUUUGGAUACAUUAUCAUUAAUUUUGCAAGACAUUUGAAUAAAGACUUAUCUAAAAAUUAGGUAUUUCAUAACAUUUCAGGAUAAUAUCCAAUUUAUAAAUACUUCCCAGAAAUGCCUGAGAAUAAGGAAUAUAAAAUUGGAUAUCAGAAUAUCGAAGUAAAUUCAAAAUUUAUACUACUAUAAUAAUAAAUAGAAUUAUGUGCUUAAUUAAAUCAAUCCAAUAACAUUUAAUAAUUAUAACAUAUCAUGAUAAAAGAAUAAUAAUAAUAAUAAUAAUAAUAAUAAUAAUAAUAAUAAUAAUAAUAAUAACAAUAACAAUAAAAUAAAUAGACUUAAUAUCCUUAAAUUAAUGUCAUUUUUCCAACUGAAAAAGAAGCUUGGUUAUAAUAAAAUCCAGAUUAAAAACUAGCUAAUGUUUUAUUUGCUAAUAACCCAUUCCAAAAAAAUGCAGAAGUCAAUCCAAAUAAUUAUUAUUAAGGAAAUAAUUAUAUUGAUCCGGAAUCUAAUAUCAAUUAACAUUAGAGUGAAUAAACCAAUUAAAAUUAAAACUAGUAAAAUGUCAAUAAUGAUGUUUCAAUUUAAAAAAUGAGUCCUUCUAAGUAGGAUUAAAAUUUGAGUGGUUAAAAAACUAAAGUUUAAGGAAAUGUUAAAUUUGUUGAUGAUGUUUCAACUAGAAUAGAAUAGAUAUUGAGUUCAGUUCAUUGUAUUAAUUGUUGUCCCUAAAAGUAGAAAAGAUCUGACUCUGUAUCUAAUCAAUAGAAUUAAUAAGAAAAUAGUAGUAAUAAAAAAAGCCACUCUAUUUCUAAAUAAUAAGAACCAUUUAGAAAUUCUAAGCCUAAUAGUGGACAUUACAAUAAUUCUCCAACUUAAUAUAGAUAUUCCAAUAAACCAGAAAAUACUAAACCUAAUCCACCUAAAUUUAAAUCAAACAGAAAUUAAUCACCUAUUGAACAAGCAGAAAAACCUCAACAUAAAUAAUCUGAAAUCCCCCCUUAAUAAGAACCAGUCCAAAAACCAUUAUAAGUUAAAACAACCUAUCAAAUAGAAACUAGAGGAGUUCAAACUAUAUAAGAGGAAGUCAAGACUCCUCCUUAAAACUAUACAACUUAAAAUUUUAAUUAUGAUAAAUUCUUUGAUUCUUAUCGAAAACUAAAGCUAGAACUAAUUGAUUUUCAUGCUUAUUCUUAAUAAGUGUAAUAGAAAUUGAAUGCAAUAAAUUUAAAUAAUAUUUUUAUUGAUUGCUAAUUCAAAAAUUAACAAAAAAGGACAUUUUUUAAAUCUUAAGGAUAGGAUUUAUAUUCAAUAAAUGAGGCUGUAGAAUUUGAUGUGUUUAUUAAUGAAUCUUCUUUUCAAGAUUUUUAGGUUGAUUAAAUAAAAUUUUUAAUACAAUGCUAUAGAAAACCAGAAAAUUCUGAUGAUCAUAAGUAUUUUAAAAUUACACUCGGUGAAGGUUAAUUUCAAAUAGUUAAAGCAAUUUCAAAUGAGGAGUUUUAUAUCAUAAUCAACACAAAUUUACCUUUCGAUAGAAGCAACACUUCCCAAAAUUCGGGUUUAUAAUACAGCGUAGUAAACAAAGAUUUAUUGAAUGAAUAUUAAAUUCAAUAAUAAAAUAGACUUGGAGAGAUUAGAUUAAAAGCAUCUUUAAUUAGAAAUCAAGAGUAAUAAAAUUUUAUUGAUCAACCAAUCUAUUAUCAUUAUCAUUCAUUUAACCCAACUCUAUUGAUUAGAUUAGGUAAAAUAGUGGGAGUAGAUAAAAUUAAUUGCAGAUUCAAAAUUCCUGGUUCAAAUGAUUUCUUCUAAUCAUCAAUAAAUGAUUCAGUGUAUUUGAAUUAUUAGGUUAUUACUCCUUUAAAUUUUGAUUCGUUCUAAAAGAUUGAAAUUUCUCCUUUCAUCGUUGAAGUAUGGAAAGAAAAGGAGUUGUUGGGUAUGAUUAGAAUACCAUUGAAAUCAAUUCAUGAAAUUCUGAUUAAUGAGGCUUAGGAAUUUAAUGCUAAUAUCUUUAAGAAUAUCUAUCCAUUGAUAAUAUCCGAUGAACAACAUCCAAUUAGAAAGAUUAGAGAUUCUUUACAAGUUGGUUCAAUUCAUGUUUUAAUUGCAUUUGGUAUUCCAGCACAGAUAAACAAAAUCAAAAUAGAAAACAUCUAUACAAAAAGCAUUCAAGAGGUGGGAAAUCAAUAUGAGGAACCAUAAUAAGAAUAGGAAAAGAAAAAAGUUGAUCAAGAAAUUUAAAUGGAAGAAAUUCCAAGAGAACUAACUUUUUAGGAGAGAUAUGAAUAUUUCAAUUUUGAAUUGGUUGAUAAUAUACACUAAUCUAUAAUUGAGGUUUUGUAAUAUCUAAAUAAGAAUGAUAAUUAAUUUUAAAAAAACAUUCCUAAGGGGCAAUUUUUUAGUGUUGAAUAAUUACAAUUCAUCAACAUAACUGAGGAAGCUCUAUUUGCAUUCAUAAGAAUCUUUGAUUUCAAGAAUUAGCAUUCAAUAAAAAAAGAGCAUAUGCUUAAUAGUCUAACUGCAUUCAACAUUUUUAGGCCUAGAAUAUCCGUAGAAGUAAACAAAUAGAUUAAGAAAUUCAUUUAAUAUCUAAUUGAUUAGCGAUAGGAUCCUCUUGAGUAUGUAGGUAAAAUUCUACAAAAGAGUGAUUAUGGAAUAAUGGAAAGAUCAAAAUUAGAGUAAUACAUUCCUGACUUUGAUUUUGAGUUCUUUGGAUAUUUCUUGGGGCAACCUCAGGAUAGAAGAUUGGUUUCAAUUAAAUUAUUAUAUGAAUUAACAUGUUAGUUUGUGUAAUUCAAUUAUGUAAAAUUAGAAGAGAUAAAUGAAUUUUGGUAUUGUUUAGCAAUCUAAAGUUCAAUAUUAUAGAAGGCAUAAAUUAUACAACUAGAUGAAGUGACAAAGUUGACUCUCAAUAUUGAAGAAGUACAAGAAAUGUUUAAUCAAUGCCUAAUUAAUGUAUCAUUUUGGGAAGUGUAUUGUAUAUUCAGAUUCAUUAAAGUCAAGAACAAUAAUUUUGUAUUACAGGAUUGGGAGAUAUAGAAAUCACUAUUGCAAGAUUGGUUUUCGAUCAAAUAAGAGGAAGUUAAACCUCCUGUUGUGUAGAAUAAACCAAAGUAAUUUGAUUUGGAGGAUAAGGAAAAUUAAAAUCAAGAGAAUAAGAACCUUGAAUUUUAUGUGCAUAAAUUUAGUAUCACUCUAAAAGAAAUCUAAAAUUUGAAAUUAUCGAUUCCUUAUGGUACUCAACUUUGUGUUGAAUAUAAAUAUCCGCUAUGUGAAUAAAUAAUCAAAUCAUACCCUUUAAUUUACUCAAAGUAAACUCAAUAUCAAUGUCCUUCAGAGUCUACUUACACAUAUAUUUAAUAAAUUGAACAAAAUACUAAAUUUAUUGAUGUUGUUGACUCAAUAGAAGGAGGUAUAUAUUUUAGACUAAAGACUGAUGAACAAAGCUUGGCUUAAACUUUCCUUUCUUGUUAAGAGAUAGUCAGUUGGAUGGAAAGGAAUUCAGAUUUGGUUAAAGAUAAAGUCUUAGUGUUUAUGCCUGUAAAUGCUAAGCUUAGUUUUAAUAUCAACUAUUCUAGAUAGAAGAUAACUUAAUAAUAACUUUCCUCGAAUCCAGAAUUGUUAUCCAGUCAUAAUCAAACCCAUCAAGAAAUUCAUUUGCCUAAAAGAGUAGGAUUAAAUGUCUAUGCUGAAGUAACUCUAAAUGAUAAGGCACUUAAAUUUGAAGAUAAAAUAAUCAAGGUGGAUAUUUAUUCAGCUGUCAAUUUUACUGCAUAGAUAUCUAAAUAAUAAGGUUAAAAGACUGUUAUAAUAAAUGAAGAAAAACAAUUGUAAGUUGAUAAUGAAUUGAUCUAAGCGUUAUCAGCAUAAUAAAUGAUCAUACAAGUGUCGAGCAAUACUUAAAAUCUUAUUGGAAAAUGUGAAUUGAUGUAAACUUAAUUGCUAAGAGGGUAAAUUGAAGGUGAAUUUGCGUUAACUAACUCAUUUGGUUUAUUUGUUGGAAUUGCUAAAUUGAAAUGCCAAUUGAAUAAAUACAAAAUUCCUUUGGUUCAACAAUAGGCAAUAUUAAAGGAGAAAGAGUAGGAAGAAAGAUUAAAAUAGAUUACUUGUAUGAUUUCAAUUAGAGAGAUCAUUAUUAACAUUUCUUAAUUGUUAAAACCAGCAGGCAAUGACACUGGUUUUCUGUACUUUGUCUUGAAACUCAAUGGGAAAACUCAUUAAACCAACCCUGAACAAAUCGAUAAAAAGAAAUUGUCCUGUUAAUUGGCAUAGUCAUUCUUAGCAGUGGAAAUGCAAUCUUAUUAGGAGUUAACAAUAACUGUAUAUUUUAGUAAGAAGAAUGCUGCUAAUCAAUUGAAGGAUGUUAAGUUAGGAGAUUUAAAUAUAAAGUUUAAUCAUUUGACUCAAAGUUAAAUUGAUAGUAGAUUUAUAUGCAUGAAUGAAUAUUUCACAAUUAAUUAUGACUGUUUUAUUAGCAGAGUCGGCAUUAAGCUGAUGUUAAUUAAUGAGUAUGAGGAAAUGAUUCCAAAUUUUGUGAAAUUUUAUUCCUAAAAUCAAAUAUAUGGUUGCUAGAAAUUGAAUGAAUUGCAAUAGAAUUAUAAGAUUGACAGAUAGCUAUAUGAAUACAUUUCGAAAUUAGUUAAUAACAACGAAUAUGCAUUUCUGAGUGAUCAGAUAGGAUAUCACUUCAAUAAAUAGAAUUUCUUCUUGUCAGAGUAAAAUUUAACAUGGGACUUGAUUGAAGAAGUAUAUAAAUUAUCUAAUAAUGGGUUUAUGGAGGAGAAGAAGGCAAAGCAAUUGUUAGAUUCCUUUUACAUAGUAAAUUUCAGUGAGAAAUCAUAUUCUCUAUUCACAAAACCCAAUGUGUUUGACAAGAAUGGUUAUAAAUAUUUAAAUCAAUUUGACUUUUCAGUAUUCCUAUCAAAAAUUAAUUUGAAUAUUGAGGUCCAAUAAAUAAAUGAGAUAGUAAUACAAAUAGUAAGGGCUUAAAACUUACAUUUAUUGAAUCAAAAUAAGGCUCCCAAUCCAGUUAUUUAAAUGGUGUUGGGAGAUUAAUCAUAUAGAACUCCAGUGCAAGUGAGAGAAAGCAAUCCGACUUACAAUUAUUGUUUUAGUGUAGGGUUGGAAGCUAAUUGUAAUUUGGAAUUCAGAGUUCUGAAUUCAGGAGCAGAGAGAGAGAUCUUGGGUUCAUGUUUUAUGAAUAGUAGUGAAUUAAUAAGAUUACACGAGAAACAAUCAAGUGAGGAGAUUAAAAUGUACAUUCAUGGAAGCAAGGCUUAGGCAUACUUAGUGGUGAAGGUGGGAACAGGUUCGAAGACUUUGUAAACAUUGGAAGAAGUUUAACAUUAUUAAAUAGAAGAUGUGGAUUUGGAGAGAAUAAGGGCAAUAAUUGGAAAAAAAUGA